AUGGCUAAGUGGGGUGAGGGUGAUCCGCGAUGGAUUGUAGAGGAACGUCCGGAUGCUGUUAAUGUCAACAACUGGCAUUGGACAGAGAAAAAUGCAACGCCUUGGUCGAAACAGCGUCUAAAAGAACUACUAGAAGGGCAGAAGUACGAAAAUGGCUCGACUGUUGUCAUAUUUAAGGAACUCAAAAAAUUAGACGGUGAGGCGACAGCAAACAACCGGAAAGCUAAAUUAAUUUUCCUCUUCGAGUGGCUCAUUGAAUUAACCUUUGAAGUAAAAGUUGCUGGUUCAGAUAUUGAUUACGAAGGACAUAUUGAGAUACCGAAUUUAAGCGAUGAAAAUGAAGUUGAUGAAGUGGAUAUAAGUCCGUCAAUCAUUACUGCCGGACCUCAUGAAGACCGAAUAAAACAUCUUUUGAAUAACGAGGUGGCUGCAUUCUUGCGUAAACAAUUAGCUAUUUAUAUUCGAGAAUUGAAAGAGGAAUUCAGCAAAGGCUUAAUAUUGCCAACUGAUCGCGCAAAACCGCAAGUGGUCUCUAAGGGAAAAACUACUAUUGGAAAGCAACAUGUUGACAAGAAGGCAUUCCAAAAUCACGUGGUAACCAGUGCUGACAAUGACCUCACGAAAUCUGCACCGAUUAGCGUCGAUGUUAAAAGCUUAUCAUUUACGGAAUCAUUCAAAGUUCAGCCAGAUCAGUUAUGGGAAGUACUCACAGAAACUGAGAUGGUAAAGAAAUGGUCGAACAGUGAUGCAAAGCUUGAUCUCAAGCCCCAAGGCACUUUUACAUUAUUUGGUGGCAUGGUUGCGGGUGAAUUCGUUAAAAUUGAGCCAUGUAAGGAACUUGGAAUGAAAUGGCGCUUAAAAAGUUAUCCACCAGCAUGUUUUGCAAGUGUUACCUUCAAAUUGAAGGAUGAGAGGGAUAGUACAACAUUAGAGGUGGAUGUAACAGGCAUCCCAUCGACGGAAUAUGAUACUACUAAGAACGGUCUGCAUCGUUUUUAUGUACAGAACAUAAUGAGGACAUUUGGAUUUGGAGUGCAUAUUUUCUGA